AGUUGGGGCCAUGCGGGGCGGAAGAUCUUGGGGGAGGGCAUCGAGGGCGCGCGUGGCGAUGAGCUUGUUGGUAUGUGUAAGCUCGUGCUUGUUGACACAGAGGCAUGCAGCAGCAGCAGCUAGCCCAUGGCGAUCUCUCUGCUGGAAUCUCCCGCUGCAUCCGAUAAUGCGCCGUGCCGGAUCGACGUGCGGUUUGGUUUCAUCGCAAAUCACCAGCAAGUUUCAACCGCACGUCGUCAAUCCCAAGAUUGAGCGAAGUCGAUUCAUGGCGCUACAACUAGUUGAUGGGAGUCAGAUGGGAGGAGAGGAAGAAGGAAUCGUAGUUGACAUGUGCCUGGAGGACAUUGACCUGUCUGAACAAUUCGUGGAGGAUCUCCGUUGGGACGCUCAUAGCAUUAUCUCGAGCGUGUUCAACCCUGAAUCCGACCUGGACUAUGACGAGCAUAUCGAGCUUUCCAUCGUGCUGUGUUCAGACGUCUGGAUAAGGGGGUUGAAUAAGAAAUGGCGGCAGAAGGACACGGCUACCGACGUUCUCAGCUUUCCUCAAGAGACGGACAACGAUAUCCUGGGAGACCUCGUCAUCUCAGUGCAGACAGCUGAAGCGCAGGCUGCAGAACGUGGCCACGACUUGCGGCAUGAGAUGCGGGUCCUCAUGGUCCACGGCUUCCUCCACCUCCUCGGGUACGACCAUGAGACGGGGGAGGAAGACAAGGCUGAGAUGGCAAGAGCGGAGGACAAGCUGCUGUCACGCCUGGGUUGGCAGUCUGCGGGGUUAAUAGCGCGCGUGGAGGGCGAGUGAUGAAACAGAAGUCAUGAUGCUUCAAACAGCUCUCAGCCCGACAACAGCUAUCAGCCUAUCCAACUUUUUUCGACAACUUUCUACCAUUGCUGAUGC